GCUUUCACUUUGGUGCCGAGCUCAAACCCUGGCUGGAGGUGGUGGUGCUCCUGGCCUCCCUGGCAUUAAAGGUACGAAAGGAGAAGGAACGUGGGCGUGGGGAGCAGCGAGAGGACAGCAGCACCCAGCAGCACCUCAGGGCACCCCACGGCUCCCCAGAACCCCAGGGCUGGAGCCAUGGCAGGGGACAGGGAGCUCAGACACGUCAUCAAGGACCUGCAGAAGACCAUUGCUGAGCUGAACCGCAGCUACAGGGAUCAGAACCUGCCGGUGACGGACGGCAGCCGGGAGCUGCACAGCCUCUGUGCCCAGCUGGAGUUCCUCCUGCAGUUCGACCUUAAGGAGAAAAAGAGCUUCUUUGGGCAGCGCAAGGACUACUGGGACUUCUUGUGCCAGGGCCUGGCACGGUGCCGGCAGGAGCACGAGGGCAUCCGCUUUGUCACCUCGCUGGACAAGGUGGGCACGGGCCAGCAGAGGGGACUCACAGGGCACCCCCUGGGUGGGCAUGGUCACACACACGGUGCACGGGCUGUGCUGGGAGGGCAGGUUGGCAUGGCAGUGCUGCAUAACCCCUGCUUCCCCCCCAAGCUGAAGACCCCUGUGGGCAGGGGCCGUGCCUUCCUGCGCUACUGCCUGGUGCACCGGCAGCUGGCUGAGUCCCUGCAGCUCUGCCUGCUCGACCCUGAGAGCCUCAGCGAGUGGUACUACGCCCGCAGCCCCUUCUUGAGCCCCCAGCAGCGAGCUGAGAUCCUGGGCAGCCUGUAUGAGCUGGACGGCAUCACCUUCCACCUAGCCCUGCACAGGGCCGACCUGGACACUGCAUGGCCCAUGUUCUCCGAGACACUGGUGCGGCCCAGUGCGGUGGAGAUGGCCCCGCAGAUAGAAGGUAGCAGCACAGAGGCACACGGAUGUCCUGAUGGCAUUGCCCAGCCCAUUGCAGUGCCCCACAGGGUGCCAGCCUGUCCCAGCCCACAGGCAGGGGGUGAGGAGGAAGAUGAUGUGGAAGGAGAAGAGGAUGGAGAGGAAGACAUGGAAGACGACGAAAAGGAGGAGGACGUGCGCAGCACUGCCGAGGCACAACAUAGCACCAACGGGGAUCCCAACCUGACCCCAACACCCGACACAGGGCUCACACCCAGCUCCCCAGCCUGUAGCGGGAUGGAGGCAUCCCUGCGUGUGCAGGUGUCCCAGCUGCGCGCCGAGCUGGGGCGGCAGGAGGAGGCCUGGCGGGCGCUGGCAGCCCAGCUGGCACGGGAGGAGCGGCAGCACAGGCAGAAAGAGGAGCGCAGUGCCCGACAGGUCCAGCUGUGGGCCCACGAGGCCGAGGCGCUGCGGGACACCAACGCCUUCCUCAGCCGAACGCUGGCCGAGGCGGCAGGUGGCCCGGGGGGGCUGGCACAGGCGCAGGAGGAGGCUCGGCGGUGGCGGGAGGUGGCGGAGGAGCGGGCAGCACGGCUGGACGAGGCAAUGGCAGAGGCGGCGGUGCUGACCUUGCGCCUGCAGGAGUGCCAGGCUGCAAUGCAGGCACGGGGACAGACAGACACCCCAGCCCAGAUGGCCGUCCUGGAGGAGGUGCUGCGGCGGGCACUGGAGCUCUCCCAUGGUCCUCUGAUGGACAAUCAGGAAGAGGGGCACCCCAGCACGGCUGCUGGCAUGGCAAUGCCCUGGUCACAGCAAUGCAGGAGGAGGCCUUGCAGAGCAGGCAGCAGAUCCAGGCCCUGCGGGAGGACGUGGUGCGGCUGCAGGAGCAGCUCAGCAGGGCUCGUCAGGACGGGGAGCGCUGGGCAUCAGCCCUGCAGCGAACACAGCGGGAGGCGCAGGAGAGGGAGGCCAUGCGUGGCGCAGAGCAGGCACGACAGCAGGAGCUCAUCCGCGACAUGAAGGGGCGGCUGCUGGAGCUGCUGCGGUGAGAGCAGGGUCCUGAUCCCCCUCACCUGCCCUCCGCGCACAUCCUGCCACCCCCUCCAGUGGGUGUGCAGCCACGCAUGCACGAUUGCUCCCAAAGCCCUUUGCCCAGAGGAGGGCACCAGAGCCCAGGGAAAUCCCACUUGCCACCUUGGGUAGGCUUGGCGCCCAUCUUGGGUGCCCAAAUGAGGCGCCCACCUUAGCUCACCCACAUCAGGCCAUGAUCCCAGACCCCUAACCCUGCGUGGACAGUGUGGAGACAGCAGCAGUGACACUGCUAUACAUGGGUUAUGAGAUAAAUCUGGGCACAUCCAGCAGCUGCGGAGGGGCUGUUGCACAGAGCCCGUCAAACACAGGAGCACACACACACAUACUGAUUGCACAUGCAACCACCCCCAAUGGCCCGGUAUCCCACUGGGGGUGACCCAUCCCCUCCCUGCAGAGAGAAGGAUGCCCUGUGGCAGAAGACAGAGGGCAUUGACCCGCAGGCACCCAUCCCAGCACCCCGCGAUGUGGGGCUGUGCGCCCGCUGUGGCAAGGAUUUCCGCCUCCUGUCCCGGCGCUACAGCUGCA